GGCUUCCCUCCUCUGGGCGACGCAUCAUGGCAGCAUAUCUACUGACGGUUCUCUUCCUCGGCUCCACCUGGGCCGAGGUGCUCCCUCGCAGUGAGUACAUCCCCCCCUCCGCGUCAGGAGGGUUUUCUGGAACAAACUUUCCGAGUUCCUUCGGUGGUCCUUCCGCGGAACGCACUCACAGCCUCCCUGGCCGCCGUGGAGGCUCCUUAGCCGGCUUAGCCUUCCACGGAGGGUCUUCGUCGGGUUUCGGAAGCAGUUCAGGCGGUUUCUUCGGCUCUGCGGGCGAUUCCCUCGGUUCCGGCGGAACCUCUUACAGAGAGGGCUCUUCUGGGUCGGGUAGCUCCUUCGGCGGCGCCUCUUCGGCCUUCCCCUCCGGCUCCCCGGGCUUCUCCUCCGGGGGUCCCAAGGGCUCUAGCGGCGGCGUCCCAAGAGAUUCACUGGGCUUCGCGUCCAGUAGGUUCGGGGCCUCCUCGGGCCUCUCCUUCGGCGCGCAGGGAGCCUCGGCAGGGUCCUAUAGUGGUGGAGCCUCUGGUUUCGAAGGAAAUUCUCGUGGGAGCUCGGGUUCCUCGGGAGGCUUUUCCAACGUGCAGAAAUUUACUCAAGUCGGAGGGUCCGUGCAGAGCCCGAGGCCUGGGGGCUCGACCGGAGGAUUCUUCGGCGCUCCAAAUGGCCUCCAGGGAUCGACCAUCGGGCUUGCAGGAAACCGUCACGCCUCGGCCUCGUCUGCCGCAGGGGCUUCUCCGAGCGGCUUCAGUGGAGGAUCCUCGCCAGCGGGUAGACCAAGCGAACUGUACAGUCGUCCCGCAGGUGGCAGCCACGGACCCUUCGGAAGUAAUCAGGAGUCCUUUACCGGGGGACAAGGGUCGUUCGGAAGUAACCAGGUAACCUCCGUAGGACACCAAGGAUCCUUUGGUGGGAACCAGGAAUUUCCUGGCGCUAAUCACGGUUCCUUUGGUGGGGGUCAGGAAGCCUACGGGGGGAGUCAGGGAUCCUUCAGUGGUAAUCGCGGCUCCAUCAGCGGCAGCCACGCCUCGCCUGGCGGCAACCAAGGGGUCCUCGACGCCAACCAAGGAGCCAUCCAUGGGUCCUCAGGAUCCUCCCAGGCGGGCUCCCAGCGCCGCUACAGAGGAGGAGGCUCUUCGCAGGGAGGGUUACUCGGAGGCGGCUCUGGAGGCCUCGGCGGAAAGGGGAGUCCUUCAGGAAGGGCCUCCAGCACUCCUCUCGGAGGACUGCCCUCGCGCCUAGACGCCGGCUCCCGCGGGGGUCACCGUGGCUUUGCCAGGAGCUCCAGGGGCGGCUACGGCAAGUGAGGGAGGUGAGGCCGCGCGCGAACCGACGCUCCGCCUGCUCGCAGCAGUGCCCGGGACGGCACUUCACUCCGCCAAUAAAUUUGCAAAGGAAGAAACUUUUAUUUUCACAGUGUGUCCAUCGUUAAGUUUGGAUUCGUUAGUUUUGCAAGUUAUUUUACGUA